AUGACAAAUCUCGACAAGCAUAUAUCAGCCAGUUUUUCUCCCCAUCCUAAUUUGCAGAGUUCCUUUUGACAAGAUGGAGCUCAAUUUUGUUCAAAUUCAGAUCAGCCAAAAGGCUAUCUUAAAGAAGGGUUCUUUCCUAAAGAUAGCCUGGGUUCAAAACAUACUGAAAUUAGAACUAAUCUCCUUAAUCAGCAAGAAGGGCUAUCUGAAAGCCAGGUUAAGGAAGAACAAAUUUCAGUGAAAACUGAAGAAUUAUCUAUUUCUUUAAACUGAAAGCAAGAAAUUCCAAACCCUGCAAUUGCCAAAUAUUCAUGAAAUAUAGGAGGCAUACAUGAAGACGAUGAAGAAGCUUGAGAGUCAAGGAAGAAUACAAAUAGUUUUAUCAGCAAUAUUCCCAAAAAUAAAGACAAUCAGAUUUAUUGAGAAGAGUGUUCCCUCCCUAAACGUGCUGGUUUAGAGAAGGAAUAUGAUAAAUUUUUUGACUUAAGACACCAACACCAAGAUGGGCAAAACCAACAAACUAAUACACUGAAAAAUAUAAAUAUGAAAAAUAUAUCCCCAAGCUUUAAGAAGAUGAAAAUUUCCCAUAAAUGGAAUGCGAAAAGAAAAAAGCUCUCUGAUUUUCUCAAUAAUAUACAUCCAUCUGCAUUAAAUAUCCUUGGAUAUGCAUUUCCAUUAAGAAGUUAUAGCUAUAUCACUGGUAAGUGCCAGUAUACGAAUUCUGGUCACUCUAAUUCAGAUUACGAGCCACAUGAAUACUUCAGAUCAAACAAAAUGGACCAGAAUAUUUGGAAUGGCAAGUUACCUCAAUACUAUCACUGUGAUUUUAUACUAAAGAAGGAAAACCAGCAUCGUUUAAAUAUCCAGCAAUAUGAAGAUCCUGAAUUUAAGGAUAUUAGCAAGUCAGAUUUUAACAAAGAAGAUGAACAAGAUGUCAAAAAUGAGGUAAAAACAGAGGUAAAAUCUGAACCAGACUGUCAAAUUGAGCCCCAAGGAAUUACAGAAGUAACUAAGUUAAUUACAGAGGACAGCACAAAUACUUUGAACCAAGUUUCAUUUAACCUAAGCAGGGAGACUAAUGUUAUGAUGCCCUAUAUACAGAAGAAAUAUAUAGAAGAUUGCUCCACAAUAGAUAGUCCUGACAACUAUCAGCUAAAGAUACUCCCUUACUCCCAUGAAAGAAAUUUCAGGCUAAAUUUGGGAAGAGAUAGUGAGCCAAGUGAUGAUAAUUGUGCUUGAAAUGAAACUAAUUCUUCAUACUCUCAUAAAAACUCCCCUCUUCCUUCAAUCUUAAAGCCAUUGACAUCGUCUGGGUCAUAUACUACUAAUAAGAGAGUAUCUUUUGGGCCAACCUUGGUUAUGAAAUAUCAAAAUUAUUACUAAAAAUUCAACGGUUGA